UGGAGUGCAGCUUAACCCAGCAGUUUGGCUUGCCAUGCGGCGAUCGGGGCCAGAGCGGGGUUACUUGCCUCGGGGACAGGAAUUCUGGAAACACAGAGCCAUGGAUGCUUUCAACAGAAAUACAGCAGGCUCUGGGCGCAAGAUCCAAGCCAGGGUCCAGAAUGGGCCCCUGGAUUUAAUCGAGACAGGCAAGGGGCUGAAGGUGCAGACGGACAAGCCACACCUGGUGAGCCUGGGCAGUGGGCGCCUGAGCACUGCCAUCACCCUUCUGCCCCUGGAGGAAGGAAGGACAGUGAUUGGCUCUGCUGCUAAGGAUAUCUCACUACAGGGUCCUGGCCUAGCCCCUGAGCACUGCUACAUUGAGAACCUACAAGGGACCCUCACCCUGUACCCCUGUGGCAACGCCUGCACCAUCGAUGGGCUCCCCAUCCACCAGCCCACCCGCCUCACCCAGGGCUGCAUGUUGUGCCUGGGUCAGUCUACCUUCCUCCGAUUUAACCACCCAGCAGAAGCCAAGUGGAUGAAAAGCAUGAUCCCGUCUGGAGGUAGGGGCCCUGGAGCACCUUAUACCCCUGCCUUAGCUGAGUCAGAGAGCCUGGUGAACGGGAACCACCCUCCUCAGCCCCCCAGCCGGGGUCAUGCUGCUUGCUCCAGCCACAGCUCCCUGGUGAGCUCCAUCGAGAAGGAUCUGCAGGACAUCAUGGACUCCCUGGUGCUGGAGGAGCCGGGGGCCCCUGGCAAGAAGAUGCCUGCAAGCUCCCCGCUUUCCAACGGCGGGCGCUACACACUCUCCCCACCUAUCAGCCCAGGGGCCAUGUCUGUGGGCUCCAGCUACGAAAACACCUCCCCUCCCUUUUCUCCUCUCUCCUCCCCGGCCAGUAGUGAAAGCUGCGCCAGCCACUCACCUGGAGGCCAGGAACCAAGCCCGGCCAUCCCGCCCCUGGUCCCGGCCCGCUCCUCAAGCUACCAUCUGGCCUUACAGCCCCCACAGAUCCGCCCCGGUGGUGCCCGCCCUGCAGAGAGCCCCCGGCUGGGCAGGAAAGGGAUCCAUGAAGGGCCUUCAAGCCCGGGGCGGCGGGCUCUGCUGACUGACAGUCCAGCGGCGACUGUGCUGGCCGAGGCCCGCAGAGCCACUGAGAACCCGCGGCUGGGGGCGUCACUACCCGUGGUGGCCAUCAGCCUGAGUGAAUACCCUGAUGGCAGUGCUCGAAGCCAGGCCACCAGCAUUCCUGGCAGUCCCAAGUUCCAGGCUCCUGUCCCUGCCCCCCGGAGCAAGGCCGGCACCCUCCAGGAGCGGCCACCGAGCCCGUUCCGGGAGCUGCCGGGCACUGAGAGAGCCAUGACGGCCAGUCCUUCACGCCAGCUGGUGGGCAGAACCUUUUCAGAUGGGAUGGGCACCCGAUCCCUGCAGCCACCAGAGAGUCCUCGCCUGGGCCGGCGGGGAGGUCCGGAGAGCAUGCGAGAGCUCCCACCUCUGAGCCCAUCCCUGUCUCGGCGGGCCUCUCCACUGUCUCCUAUGCCUGCCCGGGCCACUGCAGACACUAAACUGACCAGGGAAAUGGCCGACAGUCCCAGGACCCGACGCUGGGCAGCACAUGCAGCCUCCUCUGAAGACUUCACCCUCCCUCUGGGAGGGAGGGGCCGUCGGACGAGGAGCCCCUCCCCCACACUUGGAGAGCCGCUGGUGCCCCGAAAGGGCAGCUUCGGUGGCGGACUGAGCCCAGCCUACAGCCUUGGCUCCUUAACGGGAGCCUCACCCCGGCAGAGUCCUCGGGCCCAGAGGAAGCUCUCAAGUGGGGAGCUCCGGGUGCCGGCUCCCCGAGAGAGAAAGAAUAGCAUCACUGAAAUCAGCGACAAUGAAGAUGACCUGCUGGAGUACCACCGGCGCCAGAGGCAGGAGCGGCUGCGGGAGCAGGAGAUGGAGCGGCUGGAACGCCAGCGUCUAGAAACCAUCCUGAACUUGUGUGCUGAGUACAGCCGGGCCGAUGGGGGCUCGGAGGUAGGGGAGCUGCCCAGCAUCGGCGAAGCUGCCAUGGCCUUAGCCCUAGUGGGCAGAAGGCCUUCCAGGAGCCUGCCUGGGACAACCGGGGCCUCUGGACGGGGCACUGAGGAGCCCAGUGGGGCCACCCAGAGGCUCUGGGAGAGUGUGGAGCGCUCUGAUGAGGAGAACCUGAAGGAGGAGUGUAGCAGUACUGAGAGCACCCAGCAGGAGCAUGAAGAUGCUCCAGGCUCCAAGCUGCAGGGCGAGGUGUUGGCCCUGGAGGAGGAGCGGGCAAAGGCACUUGGGCGUGUGGAGCAGCUCAAGGGCAGAGUGAAGGAGCUGGAACACCAGCUGCAGGAAUCGGCAAGAGAGGCUGAGAUGGAACGGGCGCUGCUUCAGGGGGAACGGGAGGCAGAGUGGGCACUCAUGCAGAAGGAGCAGAAAGCUGUUGACCAGAUGCAGGAGAAGCUGCUGGUGCUGGAGGCGGGCAUGCAGAAGGAGAGGGAUAAGGAGAGGGUGGAGCUGGCCGUGGGACGGAGUGAGCUGGAGGCCCGCCAGGCGCUGUAUGAUGAGCUCAAGACACAGCUCGAUAACUGCCCCGAGUCUGUUCGGGAACAGUUACAGGAGCAGCUGAGAAGGGAAGCUGAGGCUCUGGAGACAGAGACAAAACUCUUUGAAGACCUGGAGUUCCAGCAACUGGAGAAGGAAAGCCGCUUAGAAGAGGAGCGGGAGCUGGCUAGCCAAGGACUGCUCCACAGCAGGGCAGAGUUGCAUCGGAGCAUUGCCAAGAGAAAGGAGCGCCUAGCAGUGUUGGAAAACCAGGCGACUCAGAUCCGGGCCCAGGCUGUUCAGGAAUCUGAGCGAUUGGCCCGAGAGAAGAAUUCGUCCCUGCAGCUGCUGCAGAAGGAGAAGGAGAAAUUAGUAGCACUGGAGAGAAGAUACCAUUCCCUCACAGGGGGGAGGCCUUUCCCUAAGACAACAUCAGCGCUCAAAGAGGAUGAACUGCAUAUCUCUGAGUCCUCAGAGUUGGGGCUGGAGACUGAGGCUCUGGGCUCCUUGCUCAGGCCCACCCUGCCCGGGGCUGCUGCUGGCCCCCUAACCCCACCCGCCUCCACCCAGCUCUGCCCCAAGACACAAGAGAUGGAGAAGCUGUUCCUUCCUGCCCUAGAUUUAGAGCAGUGGUACCAGGAGCUCAUGGCAGGGUUUGGGGCUGGCUCAUCCGCCUCCCCCCGCUCCUCCCCUCCACCUCUGCCCGCCAAAGCUUCCCGACAGCUGCAGGUUUACCGCUCCAAGAUGGAGAGUGAGGCUGGCAGCCCCCUGCCUCGUACCCGCAGUGGGCCUAUCCCCUCCUCCUCUGGGUCUUCAUCUUCUUCCUCUCAGCUCAGUGUUGCCACCCUGGGCCGAAGCCCCUCUCCUAAGAGUGCCCUCCUCACCCAGAAUGGCACAGGGAGCCUGCCCCGUAACCUAGCGGCCACACUGCAGGACAUUGAAACCAAGAGGCAACUGGCCCUACAGCAGAAGGGCCAGGCACUUCCUGCAGAGCCCCUGCCUCUCGACGACACAGCAGGGCAGCAGGUGAUCGAGGAACAAAGGCGACGGCUGGCCGAGCUCAAGCAGAAAGCAGCGGUGGAGGCCCAGUGCCAGUGGGAGGCCUUGCAUGGGGCAGCCCUCUACCCCCCAGCCCCCUCAGGCUACCCCCCUCUCAUGCACCACUCCAUCCUGCAUCACCUGCCGGCCAGUCGGGAUCGGGCAGAGGAGGGGGAGCAUGCCUAUGACACCCUGAGCCUGGAGAGUUCGGACAGCAUGGAGACCAGCAUCUCCACAGGGGGCAACUCAGCCUGCUCCCCUGACAACAUGUCCAGUGCCAGUGGAAUGGACAUGGGGAAGAUUGAGGAGAUGGAGAAGAUGCUGAAGGAAGCCCAUGCUGAGAAGAGUCGACUCAUAGAAUCUAGGGAACGAGAGAUGGAACUGCGGCGGCAGGCGCUGGAGGAGGAGCGCAGGAGACGAGAGCAGGUGGAGAGACGGCUCCAGAGCGAGAGUGCCCGGAGACAGCAGCUGGUGGAGAAGGAGGUCAAGAUGCGGGAGAAGCACUUCUCCCAGGCACGGCCCCUAACCCGAUACCUGCCCAUCCGGAAGGAGGAUUUUGACCUGAAGACGCACAUUGAAUCAUCAGGCCAUGGUGUGGACACCUGCUUGCACGUCGUGCUGAGCAGCAAGGUCUGCCGGGGCUAUCUGGUCAAGAUGGGUGGCAAGAUAAAGUCAUGGAAGAAGCGUUGGUUUGUCUUUGACCGGCUCAAACGCACCCUUUCCUACUACGCUGACAAACAUGAAACUAAACUCAAGGGUGUCAUCUAUUUCCAGGCCAUUGAGGAAGUGUAUUAUGACCACCUUAGAAGUGCUGCCAAGAGUCCCAAUCCAGCCCUAACCUUCUGCGUCAAGACCCAUGACCGGUUGUACUAUAUGGUAGCACCUUCCCCUGAGGCUAUGCGCAUCUGGAUGGACGUCAUUGUCACUGGGGCUGAGGGCUACACCCAGUUCAUGAACUGACCUGGAGGUGAUGGGGCCACCCCUGAUGUUCCUCUCCACAGGGGAGGAGUCACACCCAGCCAUCUGCCCCCCCCCUCCCCUCCCCCCACCGCUCCUGGGGGCCGUCAGCCUCAGUGUUCCUAGGGAGCACCUUUCCUGAGGCUUGGAACUUACUCUACUAGGAUAUUUCCUAGAAAUCCCCUGGGAGGGGAGAGCCUGAUUCUGAUGGUUUUUAUAAGACACUUUGGUAACAUCCAAGAAGCUUCUCACUCCUGCCAGAUACCAGGCUCUGGGCCUCCUGGGAGCUAGCCAGAAGGGGAAGGGGGGAUGUGGGUGUGUGUCCUCCCUGGGUCUCGGCACCUGGCACAGCCCCUCAGGAGCCCUCCAGGGACACGAUCGGGGCCAAGGGCUAUGGAAGUGUGCCUGUGCUGGCUGGUGUCUGGGACAGAGGGGGCUCUCUGCUCAGCUCGGGAGAAGGGCCCCUAUGUCUCCCUGGCCCCUUUCCUCCUUCGGAAAGGACACACUUUAGGUACCAGAAUCUGCCAAAGAUCCCCUCUUCAUCUCAGCCCCCUUCCCAGGGGCCUUGAGGGCUGAGCACAGGCCACAUCCUGGAGGAGGUAAAAGGGGGGAGCUCUAGUUCCCAAGACCCUUUGAUCUCUCUCCUCCUUCCCCUCCCCCCAGUUUAUUUUUUAAGAUUUUGCUCGUGACAGAGGAAGUGGUACCAUUACUGUGGUCACAGCCCGAUCUCCAGCGAUCUAGAGCCAUACCCAUGCCACACCCCAUCCCCAUCAUUGCUCUACCUUCAUCCCCCUGUGGCUCUCGGUACUUCCUGUGGGCCCUACCCCUGAGUCUUCCCAAGGCUACUUGCUCAAGAUUUCUUUACACUAAGGCCGUUGAACAUCUUACAUUGGGGAGAGGGGACCUGACCACCCAUCCCCUCCCCCCUACAACAUUCUCUUACCACCAGGCCCCAAUGCACUAGCCCUACCUGGCCCUAGGUCUGGGCCCCUUCUCCCUCCACGUGUGCCUUGCCUGGAGCCAGAGAUUGCCAGGGUCUGGGGGUACGGAGACCCAAAAAGGAGCCAUGGGGUCUGGGUGGGUGAUGGAGCAUGUCCUGAGUCCUAUCCUUGGCCCAGGAAGGGUUGCUUGAGAUUGUUUUCCAGGGAGGAGAAGAGUUCACCCCCACUUCCAGGAAGAGAAUAGUACUACCAAGGUGAAAAGAACCAGUGAGGGGAAUGAAAUGUGCACCCCCUGUCAUUCGUCCUACCCCCUCUUGGCCUCAGGAAUGUGGCAGGGAAGACCAGGCUCCCACCCAUGCUGGUUCCAGCCCUUUAGGCCUUAACACUAAUCCCUCGUCUCCUGUCCAGACCUCCGUCCCUUCCUGCCUUUACUCCCCAUUUGCCAGAGGCCUGAGUUGCCUGGGUCCAGGCUGGGGUUGAUUGUUGUUGUUGUUGUUUUUUUUU